CUUGAUUACUUUAUUACUUUAUUACUUUAUUAAUCAUUAAUUAUUAAUUGACUGAUUAUAAUGUCGAGGGUGGGAGUGUUAGCGCUAGGACCAGCAGGAGCUGGGAAAAGUACAUUUUGUAACUCAUUAGUGGGCCAUAUGCAAAGCAAUAAGAGAUCGUGCUGUUUAAUUAAUUUAGACCCAGCCGCUGAGCAAACCGAGUAUGAGUUUUCGAUUGAUAUUCGAGAUUUGAUUUCGUUGAAGGAUGUGAUGGAGGAGCUCCAGCUUGGACCCAAUGGAGGAUUGAUAUACUGCUUUGAGUUUUUGUUAGAGAAUCUCGACUGGUUGGAUGAGGAAAUUGGAGAUUUUGAGGAGGACUAUUUGAUCAUUGAUUGUCCGGGACAGAUUGAGUUGUAUACACACAUUCCUAUAUUGCCCAGGAUCAUUGAGCAUCUACGGGACAACUUGAACUAUUCGUUGUGUAUAACGUAUUUGAUGGAGAGUUCGUUUAUCAUUGACAAUCUGAAGUUUUUGUCGGGGACGUUAAGUGCAAUGUCUACGAUGAUAUUGUUGGAGUUGCCGCACAUUAACUUGUUGUCGAAGUUUGAUUUGGUGAAGAAUGAGUAUAGUAGAAAUUAUAUCAGGAAGUUUUUGCAGCCUGAUCCGAUGUCGUUGAUGUCGACGAGCUCAGUGAGUUCGAAUUCGUUGAGCGAGAUGAUUGAAAAAGGGGAAGGAGAAGAGAAAGGGAAAGGGAAAGGGAAAUAUAAUUACAAUGAGAAGUUUGAAAGAUUGAAUUUGGCGAUUGGCAAUUUGAUUGAAGAUUUUGGGAUGGUUCAGUUUUUGCCAUUGGAGUGCAAAGAUAAGGAUUCCAUUGCGAACAUUUUGAGUUACGUAGAUGAUAUAACGCAAUGGGCUGAGAAUCAAGAGCCUAAAGAGCCCAAGGAUGAAAUUGAGGACGUUACAGAAGAUUGAGAAAGAAAGAUAGGUAGUCUAGAGUAGAUAAUCGAGCAAGUAGAGUAAACAGAAUGAACAAUAUAUGAAAACAAAACAAAAAAAACAGGGGGAAGUUAAAACUGCUUUGUUGGCAAAUCACGAAAUUAA